UGAGGAUAUGAUACGGCUUUGAUUCGGGCUGCAACGUACGGUUUUAUGCGUAUUUUUAAAAAUACCCCCUCGAAAGUCGACGACACAAUCCUGCCAGCAUGUUCCACCCGCAGCAUGCACAUUCACAACAGUUGGUAGCCCCGAACCAGCAGACGCCCCAGGAGCAAAUGCGAUGGAAAGUGAAAACCCCAUUGCACUCGCCGCAGAGUACUCCCGGGACGACCCCCAAGCAGCCCUGCCCGAGGCCCCAGUACUACGCCGAGGCCGAUUCCAUAGGAUGCGUGGAGGUACUGGCCACCGUGUGCUCGAUCGUGCUGAUGGUGGUGACCCUUCCGAUAUCGCUGUUCCUGUGCUUCAAGGUCGUACAGGAGUACGAGCGGGCCGUCAUCUUUCGGCUCGGUAGGCUACGAUCCGGGGGCGCCCGUGGCCCCGGCGUGUUCUUCGUGCUGCCCUGCAUCGACAACUACUGCAAGGUCGAUCUGCGCACGGUGUCGUUCGACGUGCCACCGCAGGAGGUGCUGACCCGCGAUUCCGUGACCGUGUCCGUCGAUGCGGUCGUCUACUACCGGAUCCGGGAUCCACUGAAUGCCGUCGUGCAGGUGGCCAACUACAGCCACUCGACCCGCCUGCUGGCGGCGACCACGCUGCGGAAUGUGCUCGGAACGCGUAACCUUUCGGAGCUGCUGACCGAACGGGAAGCCAUCUCGCACUCGAUGCAGGUUACAUUGGAUGAAGCCACCGAUCCGUGGGGUGUCCAGGUGGAGCGUGUUGAAAUCAAGGACGUGUCGCUGCCGGACUCACUGCAACGUUCGAUGGCGGCCGAGGCGGAGGCGGCCCGCGAAGCACGGGCGAAGGUGAUCGCUGCCGAGGGUGAGAUGAAGUCCUCGCGCGCCCUCAAGGAAGCGUCCGACAUCAUGUGCGAGAGCCCGGCCGCGCUGCAGUUGCGCUACCUUCAGACGCUGAGCAGUAUCGCCGGUGAGAAGAACUCCACGAUCGUGUUCCCGCUGCCGAUCGAACUGAUCGGCCCACUGAUGAACUUCACCUCGUCGCUGGGAGUGGCCCGCACCGCCGGGGCCGUUCCGCGGCCAGGGCCGCCACCCGUCGUUCCGUCCACGACGACCAGCAUCUCGUCACCACCGGGCGAUCCGGGCCAGCCACCACCAUCCGAGUAGCAGCAACUCCCGCAAGUGCAUUUACAACGACGCCACCACCAUCAGCACCGACGGCACCACGCGCCACCGCGCACACGCCUCCAAACGGCCGCUGCCGCCGCGGCCGCCGCCGCCGAUCGCAAACGGGAGGGUGGAGCCCUCGGAUCCAUCUCGUCGUACUCGCUGUCCUCGGCGGAAGACUCGGCCCUCUGCUCGCCAACCAACCGACUGGCGCGGUUCAUUCUAGAUCUCUAGACCCGUGGCCACCCGGCAACCAGCGAACCUAAGCCUAACGACAUCGAACUAAUCCCCGUGCCCCGGGCCGUGCGGUACUCCCAGAGGUCAUCACGAAGCAGUUUGUUGGAGUUUACAGAUAACUUUUCAGUUUGUCUCUUUAUUCUAUUUUGUACGGCCUUUUACUUGUUAUCGUGUCGCAGAGAUUGUAAAUAAAAUCGUAUUCGU